UCCAGUGAUGGUUUUGAUAUCCUAGCAUCUCAUGCAGUAUGGAACCAUGACGAGGCAAAUAAGACGAUUGUUGAUUCAAUUAAAUUCACGAUUCUCAGAGAACCUGUUUCCUGUUUUGAAUCAUAUUAUGGAUAUUUCAAGCUUUCAUCAAAAUUUGGAAAAAUCGAUGAAUUCGCAAACGACAUCUCAGCUGGAAAGCAUGCUAAAAUAAAAGAAAACACCAGAAUCAGGCAGAUGUAUGAUUUAGGAUACCGCGAGGGUCUACACCAAGUUGAUCAGAAAAUAAUGUCUCUAGACUCAGAAUUUGACCAGAUUUUAAUUCUGGAAUACCUUGAGGAGGGUCUAAUAUUACUGAUUGAACAGCUCUGCUGGAAACUCGAGGAUGUCGUCUUUAUCAAGAAAAAUGCGCGGUCUGAGGAAACAGUUGAUCAAAUAAAUGAGAAGACAUCAUCACUAUUGAGAGAAUGGAUGGAAGAGGACGUAAAACUUUACCAGUUCUUUCUUACAAGACAUAGAGAACGUGUAGAGGAAUAUGGAGUUGAGAAGAUGAAGGAUCAGGUGCAACAGCUCCGUAUUCUCAACCAGAACCUAGAACACAAGUGUAUCCAGGAAAAUAAAGAAGAUAAACUAAAAGAGAAAAAACUAAUUAACAAUACUGCUGAAUCUGAAAAGCUUUCUAACCCUACAGAGAAAAUAGAAACUCCAAAAGAAAAAGAAAAGAAUAAUCAGAAAGAUGUUGAUCCAUAUUUUGAUAUAAAUGAAUGGACUGUAGAGCGCAAGAAGAGGAGUUUGACAAAAAGAAUGAAAAUUCUGGAACCAAAACCAGGUCUUCAAUAUUGUAAACCAUUCUUUAGGUCUGAAAUUGCGUACACAAAACUUCUGAGGGAAGAGAGCCAUUGUUUUCCAAAAAAUAGCUACUAGUUUAAAAAAUGUACAAAAAAGAACAAAGAAGAUGAAGCUUUUUGCAGCAGAUUUAGUCACAAAAAGAAGAUUAAAUUAAUGAGCAGAAACGGCGACCUUCACAAAUUAACUAAUUAAUUAAUUUUGUAAUUUGCCCGAUGCUCUGGGUGCCAUGCCCGGUAAAGGGAGGACACAAACAUUCAACGUGAAAAGCUUAAAGGGACUGUAAGCGUAAUUUCAAUUUUAUGUAUGCAAAGAUGGCGAUGAUAAUUCCACAAUCGUACCCUUUCAACAUUAUCUGAUUAAUUACGAGAAACUAGAUUGAACUAGAUUGAAAUUGUUUAAUUCUGAUAACUUCCAUAACUGUUUUUGCAGUAGAAUUGCGCAAGUCACUUUUAUAGUUAACCAAGAUUGAAAAUAAAUAUAGUUUUUAA